UAAUAAGUAAAUACUCUUAUAAUAGAUGCAUCAUAUUUUCUUAAAAGAUGUCUACAACAAUAUUCAUCAGAACUGGGAUUGAACGUGAAAGGAAAAUACUCAUUUCGAAUAAUGAAUGAUUUAAAUUAUUUGUGUCAUAUUUUGAUAAAGCUUACUUAAGAAUAAAAGGUUGAUAAAAUUUAUUUUUUACCAUGCUGUGGAGUCCCAAUGAAGUUCUUGCUUAUCUGAAAGAAGACUUGAGUGAUUACCAGUCAGCUACUAACAAAGAAAAACAGAAAGUGAUCCCAACUUCAGCAUUUGGAGGAUUUGAAACUUGGCCUGGUGAUAAAGAAGAUUUUAUACUCAUUGCAGAAAAUUCUGAAAUACAUGGACCAAAUCCUUUGUUCACUAUUCCUGAGCUGGAUUCAUCAUUAGAUCUAAAUUCGCUUUCAACACAGAUUUUAUCUGCAGAUUAUCAAGGAUUAAGCAAUAAUAAAAUUCUUCCUGGAAAAAAUGCUCAACUUCUCAUGCCAGAUCUGGCAUCAGAUUUGCAUGCAGCUAUAAAUUAUUUCUUUCUUUUUGACUCUGAUGCCCGGGGUUUCGUUCGACCAACAUGUUUAGCAUAUUUUACAAAUGACAAGCAUAAGCUUGUAAUGUUGGCUGAACCAAUUCUAAAAACACUUGGUGAGGUUGCUGCAAUUUUGCAACAUUCAAACAUUUUGUAUCAUAUUAAUGAUCUGAGAAGUUUAAAGGAUACUUUUAAGUUACCCGCACCCAGUACUCAAGUUUCCAGUUCAAAUGAAAUAGGUCUUGAGAUGCGUUUGAAGGAUAUUCAAGAAGUUCUUGAUAUUGUAGAAAGUUAUGAGGGAAAUGAACUUUAUGAUAAACUGAUUUUAAGUGUUAUGGAGAAUCUAAAAAAAAUUGCUGUAUCUGAAAAAAUCCAAAAUUUGGAUUCUGUCUUCUCUCCUGUUAAAAAAGUUCCUGUUUUAGAUUUUUUUAUCUUCAGACCUAAUACCAAGACUCAUAUGAAGAAUUUAUAUCAUAUUUGUAAUAAUGGAUUGGUGCUUGGCUUAUAUCAUCUAUUUAUCAUGCACAAACAUUUUAGAAGAAAAUAUGAGCAUGUAGUUUUGAAUUCAGAUAUCUCAUCUACCUCAAAAGGUGUUAUACUUCAUUUUGGAGCUUGUCUUACAUUAUCUACUCAAUAUCAUUCCAUACAAGAUUUCCAAAGUACAAAAUGUGUACUGUCCUCUUUCAAAAUCCCUUAUACAUUUUCCUUAGAAAGUAAACAAUAUUUUAAUUGUUUGGACCAUACUUUUGAAAAGUUACUUUUGAGCUUUAUUGAUAAAAACAAAAAUGCGCUUAGCUCUACAGAUAAAAAUAAUGUAUCCUAUUGUUCAUCACAAGAUUUUUCAAAUUCAUCUGAAUUUUAUUCUGGCUCAUCUCAUAGUAGUGGCUAUUUAAGUAUGGAUGAAGUAAAUGAUAGAAACUGCGGACACAUAGGGCCUGUAAAUACAAUAUGGGAUAUCAUAGAAUUCAUUAAAAUAGAAAAUCCAGGUAUUGAAGAAUCAUUCCUGCAAGUUUUAAAAAUUUUCAGUGAUACACGAAGAUUGUUGUUUGCAGUUUUAACUCGUAUGCCUAUUGUUGUAAUAUCAAUUCCACAGCUUCUUCAUCUUGCUCAAGAUUUUGUAAAGGCUUUAAGCAUUUUCAUACCAAGAAGAAAAGAUGAAGUUUUAUUUGUGGAUAUACAUAGACAAGAUCCUUUAAAAAAGGAAGAUUUUACUAAAUUAGCUGUUGUUAACAUUUGUCUUUAUAAUCACCCAAUUGAGAAAAUUCUUCCAAUGGAAAUUUUACCUUCUUUGUGCAUUCUGAAUCUAAAAGACUGCUCUUUUAGUGGACCAACAUAUACGGGUUGCCUUUUAGCAAAUAUUGAUCAACAGGUUCAAAUACUGCCUAUUACAGGACCUAUAUUUCCUGUUAUAGUUGGAACAUUGUUGGAGAUUGAUAGAACAAUUAAAUGGUGGCAUGUUCUUACAUCAUCAUCGGCUGAUACAAGUACGACUAUACAGUAUGUCUUAUCUAAAGGCUACAAUCGCUUAGACAUGUCAAUCAUAGAGAAGCUGUCUAGGUUGAGUAAAAAUUGAAACUUCUCGAUGGUAUUUUCAUCAUUUACUCCAGUUUUUAUCCAUAAAUAUGAGGCCGUAUAUAUACAUUAUGUUAUGUAACGCUUAUUCAAGCAUUGUUUUUACCAUUGUUAUUGUUUGUUAAUGUUAUUGAUCAUAAAUAGACUUUAUUUUUAUUAUGUGCCAUAUUGUUAUUGAACAAGUCAUAUUUCUCAAAUUAGAUUGCAACAUAACUUAUAAAUGGGGAUUUUUACCAAUUAUAUAUAUAUAUAUAAAUUAGUGAACUACUGAGAGAUUGAUUUGUAAUUAUCGAAAUAGUAAUACUCAAUUUGUUGUAUUUAUUUUUUAAAUUAUUUUUUUUAAUUUCUUUCAUGUUAUAACCAUGAUAAAGAAAUCCAAAUAAUCUUUAACAAAAAAGAGGGUAUCAAUCUAUCCAUAUAGCUUGUGAAUUUCUUUUUUUAAAUUGUGAGAAAUUUUAUUUAUUAUGAAGGGCAUAUUGUAAGUUGACAAAUUAAAAGUAAAAUAAUACAUACAAUUCUAGUUUUGUUGUUUAAAACUUCCUUUUGAAAUUGUAAUUUUCACUAAGCAAAUUUUAAUUCUUUUAAGAUAUUUGCUUAUCUUUGUGAGAACCUAAGUGUUUCAGUAUUUUUAUUAAUUGGUCAAAUUUUAAACCAUAUUUCACUUAAUAAAUAACCUAGAGGCUUUUCUACUUAAUAGAUAUUUUUUAGAUUAUUAAUCAAAUAUGGUUAUUUGUUUUAUCAUCAGCAGACAUUCAUAUUGGCACUACUCUGUGACAUGUUUCCAUGUCUACUACCUACUUUUACCAGUUAUAACAGUCAUAGUUCUAUUGAUUCCAUAUAGUCCUUGUGCCCAUUUCAUAAAGCCAGUAAAGUGAGAUUUUAUCAAAUAACUAUGAAACAUAUUAAUAAGAAUAUGGGCUUACUCUUAAUAAAGAAAUAUUUAGAAAUUUUACCACUAUUUUAUUGUUUUAAAUCAUAUUUCUUCUUAAUGUUAAAAAAUAGCAUUUGUAAAUCAUGUUAACUGAAGUUAAGAAUAAUUUUACAUUACCGGAAUUAUAGUUAUCAUAAAUGUCUUAGAACUAAUGCAAUUAUAAUAAUUGUAAACAUGUUAUUAUAUAAAUUACAUGUAUCCAUCUGGGUCAAAAUGUUGAUCUUGAAAAUUUAUGUACAGAAUUUUAUCCUAUAUCCUGAUUGGCUAAUGUUUAAAGUUUUAAUAGAUAAGAACUGCAUUGCUCAUUUAAAAGAGUGAGAUCAGUUACAUAGUGGAGUUAAGUAAGUGCCCAGUCUAUUAUAUGUUUUUUCUUAGCCCUGAGACCCUCAGUCAUCAUCUGAAACUUAACAAAUGUCACACAAACAUUAUAUUUUGCAUUGUUAUUAUAAAUGCCUUAAUGUUUUGUCUCCGUUACAUAAAUGGCACCUGUGCAUCCCCCAUCUCCCUCCGACGCACCACCAUCAUUAUGCAAUUGAGUAACAACAAAAAUCUUUAUAUUGUUGAACACUUUCAAUUUAUUUAUAUAAGAAUUUGAAAUAAAACUGAAUUAUCAUUAAUAUCAUUACUGUUUGUUAUUUUUCCUACUUUGAAAUUAAAGUAUGUAGUUUUUAUGCUUUAUCACUAAAUGGUUUUAUUCUCAUUUUUGUAAAAUUUUCAAUUUUUAAUGUGUAUAUUUUUUUCUACCAGUUUUUUUUUAAGAGUAUGUUGUUUUCUUUUUAUCUGGAAUCUAAUCUAGAAAAUUAUGAUGUGCAUUUGUUGUUGUAUUUUUAAUCAGUCAUAAAAAUGUUGUUUUUUGAGUAAUGUUUAUACUCUAAAAACUAUUUAACUGUUUCAUCU